UCUCCAUUUUCUUUCUUUUCUCCUCUAAUUCAUGACUCUUCUUCCCCAGAUCCCUUUGAUGUACAGAUGGCAGCAGGCUGUGAUCUUCACUCUGGGAAGGACUUCAUAAACUUUCUGCAUGUAGCUAUUGGAGGGUAUGAUUUCCUGAGUUUCCAGAAUGAAACAUGGUCACCAUCUCCAAACAGUGGAAGAAAGGCCCAGAAAGCCUGCAAACUGCUCAAUCUGGACCAAGACAACACAUAUAGGUUACAUAGGAUCCUCAGUGACACCUGCCCACGUUUCACCUUGGGUCUUCUAGAUGCAGGGAAGGCUCAUCUCCAGCGACAAGUGAAGCCUGAGGCCUGGCUGUCCAGUGGCCCCAGCCCUGGACCUGGCCGUCUCCUGCUGGUGUGCCAUGUGUCUGGAUUCUACCCAAAGCCCAUGUGGGUGAUGUGGAUGCGAGGGGAGCAGGAGCAGCAGGGCACUCAGAGAGGUGACUUCCUGCUCAAUGCAGAUGGGACGUGGUAUCUCCGAGCAACCCUGGAUGUGGCAGCUGGGGAGGCGGCUGGCCUGGCCUGCAGGGUGAAGCACAGCAGCCUAGGAGGGCAGGACCUCGUCCUCUACUGGGCACCUCAAAAAUCUCUGGGUUGGAUCUUCUUGGCUGUGAUAGUGGCCCUGGCUCUUCUGACAGGUCUUGGAUUUUGGUUUAUGAAACACUGGACACACUGUGAAGCUCCCUGCAGUGCUCUCCCUUUGAAAUGAGGACCCAGCUACCCAGGUGCCCAGUGUACCCAUGAACACUGCAUGAUGAUAUUAUCACUUCAACUCUCCUUGUUAAAACUUUGCCAUUCAUUUCUGCUCCAUUACCAAUAUAUGCUCAAUGUAAUCUUGCAGGAUUUGUUGUUCUGACCUGGUUUCUGUGGGUUUAACUCUGAAUGGAACAGGAUGUUAGCAGUGUCAGCCUGGUUAGAUAAAAUGGAUCAUCAAUGCAUUUCAGAUGUCACAUCCUCCAGGUGGGAAGCAAUCUCUCCUCCAUCGGUGCAUCCCCACAUUUCAACUGCGCCCCUCACUGUCUAGCAUCUGUGGCAGGUGUGUAGGUUCAUUUCUUUUAAGUUUUUAGAAGUCUAAGAGCAAAGCAUGUGCUUUUUUGAGUAUCUGUAUCCCUGGUAAAGUGUCUGGCCUGCAUGUAACAUGUUCUCAAUAAAAACCUGUAUGGAAUUUA